UGAGCACUGAUGGCUAUCUGAGGGAGCACAAGAGUUUGGGACAUUGGUGGAUGCACGAAGAGAGAAAAGCAGCGACUCUGGACUAAUUUCUUAGUUGCUGAAAUUUUUUUUCUUAAAUUAGCCAGAUUUUUUUCUGUGAGGCUAUUUUGCGCAGAGCAAGCGGUGAAUCCAAACAGAUCAAAAUGAUGACCAAACCAUUUGGAAAGAGUGGGGAUGUCAGUGAGCUGGUGAGUUCCCUCAGCUGGCUGGAGGAUGAAGAUGGCAGCUCUCAGGAUGGAGAGGAAAGCCCAGAGAUGAGGGGGCACCAUGGCCUGACUGUAGGGAGCCGAAUCCACUCCUGCACAGAAAUGGGCAGUGAGGAUAUGGAGGAAGAAGAGGAGGAUGAGGAGGAGGAGAUUGGACCAAAUGGAGAAAACGCUCCCAAAAGGAGAGGCCCUAAGAAGAAGAAGAUGACCAAAGCUAGACAAGAGCGGUUUCGCGCCCGGCGAGUUAAAGCCAAUGCCAGAGAACGCUCACGUAUGCACGGGCUGAACGAUGCCCUGGAUAGUCUGCGCAGAGUGAUGCCCUGCUACUCCAAAACACAGAAGCUGUCAAAGAUUGAGACUCUACGGUUGGCCCGCAACUACAUCUGGGCUCUGUCAGAAGUGCUUGAGAGUGGCCAGUCCACAGAGAGCCAUGGCUUUGUGGAGAUGCUGUGUAAAGGUCUGUCUCAGCCCACCAGUAACCUUGUGGCUGGCUGCUUGCAGCUGGAACAAAGUCCGAUGAUUCUCAACAAGCUGGAAGACAAGUGUGGAGGCCCAGGGGUCGGUGGUGUGGGGGGUCAGGCUGGCCAUACCCUCAGCUACCCAUCUCCAGGCCUUCCCAGCCCCCCCUAUGGCUCCCUGGAGGCUUCCCACCUUCUCCACAUGAAGGGAUUCAAGGGGCCUGUAUAUGACAACCCCUCCCCUAACGAAUGCAGCAGUGGCACCCCACCAUACGAUGGGCCUCUCACUCCCCCUCUGAGCAUCAGUGGCAACUUUGCCUUGAAGCAAGAGACUUCUCCCCAUGAGUCAGAGAGAAACUACACACCCCACCCAGGACAUCAUGCCCACUACCUCUCAUCCCACCAUUACCCCACUUCCACAUCUGCUGGCCUGCCAGUGGGGCCACAGGGCCACCCACUUUUUCAGGCUUCACGCUAUGAGCUGCCCCUAGAUGUGGCCUUUGACUCCUUCACUCCAUCUCACCUGAUCACCUCUCAGAUGGGCACUAUCUGAAGUGUGACCAUGAACAGUUGAGAGGACCAGUGAUUGAGUCUGCUAUGGAACUGGCUGCCCUUGAAUAAACUGUUGUAAAAAUGAUGGCCAUUGUACUAACUGUAUAGAGAAAAUGGUUUGAAUUAAGUUGUCUAGUACUCUGGGAGAGCACUGAAUGCUCAGAGACUCAACACCUCAACUCAAUCUACCUGAUACAAACACGCACCCAUAACUUUUAAUGUUUUAUUUAUUAUUUUUUGUCAUGAUUAUAUGUUGGUAUUUGGAUUGUAUUUUUUCUGAAAAAGUUGCCCCCUCAGUUGUUACAAAUGACUAAAGAUGAUUUUACCAAAUCAGAUAUCCAUGCCUAAGCAUUACAAAGAUGUUUCUGUGCAAGUGUAAGGAUUGAACAAAAACAUAUCUGCAUAUCAAAAGAAACUGAUAAAAAAAAGUAACCUAAACCUAAAUUGUGUGCUGAGGCCUACAACCAAUGUUCCCCUCACCAUAAGAAAAAGCAAUGCAUUUAUUUAUAUCUGUAUUUAAUAUUUAUUUUGUUAACGUCUUGUUUUUUAUAUUUUUCUCAGCAGUUUUUGUUUUACUGUUUCUCGGUCUGUUGUCAGUCACUGGCAGCUGUACUGUAUUUAAAUUAUUUAUUUGAGGUCUUUCAGGUACUUGUUCAUUUGGUGUCACCAUAUUUUGUCACUGUACUGUUAUUACUGUAAAUAUUUUACUGUU